AUGUUCGUCUACAAGAGAGACGGUCAUAAGGAGCCUGUAAGGUUCGAUAAGAUCACUGCCCGUAUAUCACGGUUAUGCUAUGGGUUGGAUCCAGCACACAUCGAUGCGGUGAAAAUUACGCAGCGAAUCAUCUCAGGUGUGUACGAAGGUGUCACUACGGUGGAAUUGGACAAUUUGGCUGCUGAAACGUGUGCUUAUAUGACUACUGUGCAUCCGGAUUACGCUACUUUAGCGGCUAGAAUCGCGAUCUCUAAUCUUCACAAGCAGACUACGAAACAGUUUUCUCAGGUGAUAAGCGAUUUGUACCACUACGUGAACCCAAAGAAUGGCGUUCACUCGCCUAUGAUCUCUAAGGAGGUGUUGGAUAUCGUGCUGGAAAACAAGGAUGAAUUGAACUCUGCCAUCGUCUACGACAGGGAUUUUAACUUCAACUACUUUGGUUUCAAGACGUUGGAACGCUCAUACCUGCUGAGGAUCAAUGGUGAGGUCGCUGAACGUCCGCAGCACAUGAUCAUGCGGGUGGCAGUCGGCAUCCAUGGUAGCGACAUUAAGUCUGCCAUCGAAACUUACAACCUGAUGUCAUUGAGAUAUUUCAUCCAUGCCUCUCCCACGCUUUUCAACGCUGGUACCCCUCGCCCGCAGAUGUCAUCGUGCUUUUUAGUGGCAAUGAAAGAUGACUCUAUCGAGGGUAUUUACGACACUUUGAAGGAAUGUGCCAUGAUCUCCAAGACCGCUGGUGGUAUCGGGCUACAUAUUCAUAACAUUCGUUCUACAGGCUCUUACAUUGCGGGCACUAAUGGUACUUCCAACGGCUUGAUUCCUAUGGUACGGGUUUUCAAUAACACCGCCCGUUACGUUGACCAAGGUGGUAACAAGAGACCAGGUGCUUUCGCUCUUUACUUAGAGCCUUGGCACGCGGAUAUCUUCGACUUUAUCGAUAUUCGGAAAAAUCAUGGUAAGGAGGAGAUCCGCGCUAGAGACUUGUUCCCGGCUCUUUGGGUUCCAGACCUGUUUAUGAAGCGUGUCCAGGCGAAUGGCGAGUGGACCUUAUUCUCUCCAAGUGAAGCACCCGGGUUAGCUGACGUCUAUGGAGAUGAGUUCGAAGCCUUGUACGAGCGUUAUGUGGCUGAGGGCCGUGGUAGAAAAACUAUCAAGGCACAAAAACUGUGGUACGCUAUCUUGGAAGCUCAAACGGAGACCGGUACUCCUUUUGUGAUUUACAAGGACGCCUGCAACAAUAAAAGUAACCAGAAGAACUUGGGUACCAUCAAGUCUUCUAAUUUGUGUUGCGAAAUCGUUGAAUACUCAGCACCAGACGAGACUGCUGUCUGUAAUCUGGCUUCGAUUGCUUUGCCAUCAUGUGUUCAAGUCUCUGAAGAUGGCAAGACCCAAUGGUAUAACUUCGCCAAGUUGCAUGAAAUCGCUAAAGUUAUCACUCGUAACCUGAACAAAGUUAUUGACCGCAAUUACUACCCAGUCCCAGAAGCUAAAAAUUCCAACAUGAGACACAGACCUAUUGCUCUUGGUGUCAACGGUCUGGCUGAUACCUUCAUGAUGCUACGUAUCCCAUUCGAAUCUCAAGAGGCCAAAGAGUUAAACAUUCAAAUUUUUGAGACCAUGUACCAUGCCGCUUUGGAGGCUUCUUGCGAGCUAGCGAAGAAAGAUGGCCCUUACCAGACCUACGAAGGUUCUCCUGUAUCUCAAGGUAUUUUACAGUAUGACAUGUGGAACGUAAAGCCGUCUGAUCUAUGGGAUUGGGAUUCGCUGAAGGCUGAUAUCAAGAAGUACGGUAUCAGAAACUCUCUGCUAUUAGCACCAAUGCCCACUGCAUCUACCUCUCAAAUCUUAGGCUACAAUGAGUGCUUUGAACCAUUCACUUCGAACAUGUACUCCCGCCGUGUGCUAUCAGGUGAGUUCCAAAUUGUCAAUCCAUAUCUGUUACGUGAUUUGGUUGAUCUCGGUAUCUGGGAUGAGAGUAUGAAGCAGCGUAUCAUCACUGACAAUGGCUCCAUUCAAAAUGUGCCAAAUAUUCCUCAAGAACUAAAGGAUCUUUACAAGACCGUUUGGGAAAUUUCCCAAAAACAUAUCAUCGACAUGGCAGCCGACCGUUCAGCAUUCAUCGACCAGUCACACUCCUUGAACAUCCACAUCCGUGCUCCUACCAUGGGUAAGUUGACAAGUAUGCACUUCUACGGUUGGAAGAAAGGUUUGAAGACGGGUAUGUACUAUCUACGGACACAGGCCGCCUCUGCCGCCAUUCAGUUUACCAUCGACAAAAGUGUGGCAGAGCAGGCUGGUCAAAAUGCGGCUGACUUGUCCAGUUUACGCCGUCCGAAAUACGUACCACAAAAGGUUAACCUUGCAGAGGGCACGCUAACCGUCAGCGAUGAACCAUCCGGAGACAGCUCUUCGACGCCAUUAUCUACAGCAUCCUCAAUCACCAAUAGUAUCGCCUCACUGAAAAUUCAAGAAAGCCUGCCUGUUACGCCAGUGACAUCCGCCUCCCAGUCCACACUGUCGGAGCCUUCUGAAGUUGAAAUACCCAAGAUUAGCAAGCAGGAUGACGAUGAAGUGGAUAUUUACAAUUCUAAAGUCAUAGCUUGCGCAAUUGACAAUCCUGAGGCCUGCACAAUGUGCUCCGGCUGA